AUGCCAUACUUGACUAUCUACUGUAAAAUGUUUAAGCGACUUCAAAAUAUGAGGUCUCCAAGGAAGAGGCAAGGUUCUGUUCCACAACGAGGGAAGGCAAAGAAGUCUUUAUUUGACUCGGACAACACUGAUGCAGAUGGCACUACACAUUCUUUUGACUCUGAUUGUACCAUACCUCUUGAGAGCCACGAUGAUCUCAGCGAUGACAACCAAAGUGCCAAGUGUUUCUCGCCAGAGAGAUCCUCUACCCCUUGCUCCUCCAAACCGGUGGCUUCAAAACCAAGACCCAGAAAUGAUGAUAAACUGAUUAAAUCAAACAUUUCAAGCGUAAUGCCAUCAACGUCUGGCUCAUCAUCCUCACUUGUGAAAUCUAAUGAUAAUGCUGAAGUGGACAGUCUGAAAGUGCAGGCCAGGCACUAUAAAACUUUAAGUGCAAUGUAUAAAAAAAAAAAUUCAAACCCCAACCAGAGUGACGUUGCUCAAGCUAUAGAUGAGCUGUGCAGGAUUGUUGGGGGCACCAACACCAAAUACCUCCUGGAAACCAAGGAAAGAUGGUCAGAUUUUUCUAAAAAAGUCCAAUUCUUUGGAAUUUGGAAAAAGGCCAUGACGCCUCCAUUGCCUUUGGAUGUUCAUGGAGCGGAUUUUAUGAUUGGUGUCUUGAGCGCACUCCCUUCACUUUUCCCUUCCCCAGCUGUACCCCCCAAAAAAAUGGCAAACGCUAGUGAAUCUCUGAUUCACAUACUCAAGUCUAUCCGGCUUUGGCCUGGUGCUGUCGCUGCUGAGUGCACAGAGGACCAGACUCUGUGGAGGGUGCUCAGACAGCUCCCUGGAGAGUGCGUGGAGGUCUGCGUGGGUGCACUGAGGCUGGAGCGUCUUCUUGACUGA